AUGUCCACCAAAAUCUACAUCGCUCUCAACGUCUCCGAAUUCGGCACGUUGAAGGGAAAAUAUCACUGGGCGCUUGCGCUCCCCCGGCCUGAAUUUAACUACAGGCUAGAUAAACCGCUUGAUCUCUAUCAAUCUGUCUUCAGCGACGAGACAGAUUCGUGGGUCGCAGAUCAUAAGGUCGGGUCUAAUGCCUUGUCCGUCGCCAACAUCCCCGGAUUCAUGUUUCUUGUACAAUUGCCAUCCAUCAAUGUUUCUUUUGAUGAGUUAUCGAACUUCGUACAGUUGGAGGAGCCGACUCAAGGGUCCACUCCAUUGUGCCAGGAACGAGACGAGUGGUCCUGUGCCAGUGGGUCAUCCGCACGCUGCAAAGAAUUAUGGACAAAGGUGUUGUACCACCUUCCUGUCCAUGUCAUAGGUUGGGACUGGCCUGACUCAGAAGAGCAGAAUAGACUUUCUCAUGCACGAGAUGAUAUGUACUCCAUACACUCUCACCAUACGCUCGUGAUGACACCAAUGUCAUAUAUUAACUACGCUCCAGAAAAAGUACACAGGUUGCUAGGGUAUCGAGGAAAGGAGGCAUAG